GGCAAGGAGAAGAAGAAGAAGGAGAGCAUCCUGGAUCUCUCCAAGUACAUCGACAAGACCAUCCGGGUGAAGUUCCAGGGCGGCAGGGAAGGUAAGGACAAGGAGAAGAAGAAGAAGGAGAGCAUCCUGGAUCUCUCCAAGUACAUCGACAAGACCAUCCGGGUGAAGUUCCAGGGCGGCAGGGAAGCCAGUGGUGUCUUGAAAGGAUUUGACCCUCUUCUGAACCUUGUGCUUGAUGGUACCAUUGAAUAUAUGCGAGAUCCAGAUGAUCAAUACAAAUUAACAGAAGACACACGUCAGCUGGGGCUUGUGGUCUGCAGAGGGACUUCUGUGGUCCUUAUUUGUCCACAGGAUGGCAUGGAAGCAAUUCCAAACCCUUUCAUUCAGCAGCAGGAUGGCUAAUGCCAUGCUUUGUCCUGAAGACUUCGAGGGUGGAAAUCAUCGGAGAGAAUGAUCAGUGUGUAGGAAGCUUCCUGUUUUGGGGGAGGAGUUUGAAUGUAUAUUUGUUAGUAUGACAGAACGGU